GUAUUUGUUUUUUCACUGGCUGAACUUUCAGAGACCUGGGGGUCUGAUAGCAAGUUGGGGAUUUUUGCCGGUGGGAGUUUUCCCAGAGACCAAGCCUGGUCAAUCUUUUGGGGUACUGACUGCUAAAGCGGCUGAAGUUGAAGUUGUCACACCCAUAAACUGCAGACUACCAUAUAAAGAGGAAACAGAGAUCCACUACCUAAAGAGAGAAAUCACUCUGAACAAGUUUCUUUUACCAAAGGAAGACAACAAGCAGAAACAUGCCUAACUGGGGAGGAGGAAAGAAAUGUUCAGUGUGCCAGAAGUCUGUUUACUUUGCAGAAGAGGUACAGUGCGAGGGAGGAAGCUUCCACAAGUCCUGUUUCUUAUGCAUGGCAUGUAAAAAGAAUUUAGAUAGCACUACAGUAGCAAUUCAUGGAGAAGAGAUUUACUGCAAAUCCUGUUAUGGCAAGAAGUAUGGUCCCAAAGGCUAUGGGUUUGGCCAGGGAGCAGGUACUCUGAGCAUGGAUCGAGGAGAGCACUUGGGCAUCCGAUCUGAUGAACCUUCAAGACACCAACCAACAAAUAACCCAAAUGCUUCGAAGUUUGCACAGAAUGUGGGAGGUGCAGACAUUUGCCCUCGCUGUUCGAAAUCUGUGUAUGCUGCUGAAAAAGUUAUUGGUGCAGGCAAUUCUUGGCACAAGUCCUGCUUUCGCUGUUCUAAAUGUGGAAAAGGCUUGGAAUCCACAACAGUGGCUGAUAGAGACGGUGACAUAUUUUGCAAAGCUUGCUAUGCAAAGAAUUUUGGGCCAAAAGGAUUCGGGUUCGGUCAAGGUGCUGGAGCUUUGGCCCACACAGAGUGACAAUGCUGGAAUUUUAGUAAAAUGAUUCUCUUUUCUGACUUUUACCAUUUUACUAACAAGUCAUAGAUAUUUACAGCUGCUUUUUUACUAUAUCACAGUAAAUAUGCACUGCAGUUUUAAAAUAUAAGCACAUGUAUGUAUUGACUUUAGGUAGCCUGUGUCUUACAGGUUUUCCAAUAUAUAAACAAACUUCUGCAAUUCCUAAUAAGGGAUUCUUGCUUUUCUCCACACAAAUCCACAUAACAGAGCAAAGUCACACUGAAACUACCGAGGAUGUAAAAAUAUGGAGGGCAGAGGACCUUAUUUGACAACAUAGUUGAUUAACUAAAAAUAUCAAGUGACGGGAUAAUGUUUUCUCUAGAGGUUUUUUGAAUGUGCAUGAGUUUUUCACAUAUUUAUUUAACUACACUAUAUUAUGAACUGAUAUGCAUAAUAACCAUAAAAACAUACAUUGUAACAGCAAGCAAAUUUAAGAUCACAUAGCCUCUCCAUCCUAGGCCCACAGGCUGAACAGACAGAGAUCAUACGAGGGGCCACACAUCAUUUUUUUUUUGACCAUGCAUGUAGAGCUGGCACAAAAUUAGAACAAAAAGAACUAAAGAGGAAAUGUAGCUCCUCUUCUUGUUCUCAUGUGCUGUGAACCACAAAUUGACCAAGACAGUGUAUCAGCACAGCAAACUGAAUUUUCUAACUUGCUAGAUAUCAAUAUCCAUAGUUCAUGGACAACUGUUGGGCUUAGUGGGGCACCAUACAUAUACCAAUAAUAAUAUGAAUCUUAGUUGUGUACAAUAUUAUUGCUAUGUGUUUGACCAGCUUUACUCGAUGGAUUAAAAUGAAUUUACCUCCCACUGAGCUUUCUGUAAAAGAUUACUCAAAAUGGGUAAAACAUAGGAAUGAGUAGCAAGCUAAAUUGAUAUCUAAUGAAAAGCAGCCUUAUUUUAAGCUUUGGAGACAAGACGGCAUAGUUUUUAAAGUGGAUACAAUUUGCGAAGCUCAAAAUAUGAACUUGGAAAGGAUUAAAUCAAUUAUGUGGUUUAUUUAUAGACAUUAUAGAGAGGAUGUUGGUACCAUUGUAUUCUACAAAGAGGAUAAAGAACAAGAGAUAUAGAACAGUAUUGGGAUAUCUGAGGGAGACUUUGCAAAGUAUUUUAAAUUAUAUUGAUCUGUGAUUAAAAUUUAGUAGAGAAUAAAUAAAAGCUAUGUUGCUUUGAUUAAGAAUGUGGGAAUUCCUCUUGGAAUUAUUUUAAGACUGUGCAGUCAGAGAAAAUGAUAUUGCAAUUGUACUCAUUUGAUGGAGAAGCUUGUGUAAUUUCAAAAAUAAAAGCAAUAUAUAUUG